CAAGACGCGUGAUGAAAGGCGCCCUGGGAGAGCCCUCCGCCAUUCGCAGCCACAGCCAUGAAGAAACAGGUCCUCCUUCUCGCCGUCCUGCUCGCUCACGCAGCCACAGGUUUGGGCUACACCGCCGUGUCCUCGGUGCUGGAGAAUUCAGCCUGCGACGAAUCCGUCGAGAAUUUCAUCGAUUGCUCCGCCGUCCAGGAUGUCUCCGAGGUGGCCGACGCCAUGAAGACUCUCAGCGAGGCAGGGUUUCUUGACUUCGCGGGAUUUUCGCUCAACAACAACCCCAACGUCAUCUCACUCCCUGCAGAUCUGCUCGGGGACAUGAAUUUCCUGCGCGUUGUCAUCACAAACAACAUCAACCUUGUGAGCGCGGAAGAUUUCCUGGGCGCCUCGAGGGACGUCGUGACCCAGAUUGACCUCAGUUCAUCGCAGUUAGCCUACGUUCCGCCCCUGAAGUCAUCAAGUGUGACGGAAUACACCCAGAACGCCGCGGCUUUGGAGCUCAUCUCGAAGGACGCGCUCUCCGGCAUGCCCAACCUACAGGUCCUUACUCUACAGGGCGUAGGAAACAACCAACAAGGUGUCGCCAUCGAAUUCGGCGCCUUCGCUACCCUCAAGAAGCUCGAAGUUCUUGACCUGGAGGGAAGUCGUCUCCGCAGUUUCAAUGUGACUUCGGGUGCCUUCCAGUUCGACUCCCCGGCUCUCAAGACCGUACAGCUCGGUGGCAUUUACAUGGAAAACGUCUUUCCUGGUUCCUUUGAAGGUUUCACGGCAAGCACGACUCUUACCCUUCUGGUUAACUACCCGAUCACCAUUGGAAAUUUCUUUAACGUUUUCAGCAGUGGGGCUCAAGUUGUUGUUCAAGAAGCGACCCCCUGCCACUGCAACCUCGCUUGGAUCCGCCUGAGUUCGUUCGUCAAGCAGGCAAACAUCAAGUGUGUGGUGAUGCAAGAUUUCGUCAGCUUGGCAAACAUCCCUGAGACUUAUUUCCUUAACUGCUGUAGUGCUUAGGUUGGCAAAACGGGAGGAGGUAGGUUUGAGUGAAAAGAAGAAAAAGAGACUGUAAUGUAAAAAAGAUAUAAGAUUUGAGUGA